AUGCCCAACGCCGCUGCAAGGCUGCGGCAUGCAGCCUCACGGUGGGGCAAGUGGGGGUACAGGGAGGAGGAUGCAGUCGUGGUUGCUCUCCACAAACGGAAGAAGUUCUGUGGUCCCCAGCACCGUGCUGCCUUCAUCCUCUGCCAGGAGACGCUGAAGAUUCUUGGAGAUGCAGAAGAGUUUGAUACGCUCAAGGACACCCCGUCCGGGCAGCGCAGACUGAAGGGAGAGCAGGACCAGCUGGUAUCUCACUUCAGGGAGCUCCAGAACGAGCCAGGUGACAAAGGGAGCGGCGUGCCCUGCCUGCGAGCUGCUGCACUGAGGAGUAAAGUGCUGAAGAUUGUCCGUGCCCUGUUCCCUACUGCCUCUGUCCCCCGGUGCCAGGAUCUGCAGCGCUGCUGGGCCAUGGAGGAGCAGGCGCAGGAGGAGGUGCCGGCAGCCCAGCGCACAGGAGGCCACCACCCCGUGCGGGAAGGAGAGGUGUUCAGCACGCGAUACCAAGCUCUGCGCAAGCUGGGCUGCGGCACCUUUGCCACUGUUUGGUUGUGCCAGGACGUGAGGAGGAAGAAACACGUAGCUGUGAAGGUCCUGAAAAGCAGGGAAGGCUUUGCUGAGGCUGCCCAGGACGAGGUCGCUCUCCUCCGCUGCGUAAGCAGUAUGAAGAAGAAGGACCAGGCAGGAGAAAACAUCAUCUGUUUGUUAGACGAUUUCAGAAUGAUUGGAGAGAACGGCUUCCAUGCGUGCUUGGUGUUUGAGGCGCUGGGUCCUUCCUUGCAAUGUCUGAUGGGUAAUUACACAGCCCAGGGACUGCCUUUGCCUUUCGUGAAAAAAUCUUUACAGCAGGUGCUGGCAGGGCUGCAGUUCCUGCACAACCGCUGCCACAUCAUCCACACGGACAUCAAACCGGAGAACAUCUUGCUGUACGGACCCACCGAAAGCCUCCAAAGGCUGCUUCCUGAUACGCUUGGCUACAGCUGCGAGACAGAUCUGAGGCUAAAGAGACUAGGGGAUGAUCUUGGCAAUCAAUUGGAAGAAUCUGAUUUAAUGAGCCUAGAAGUGAAGAUUGCGGACCUGGGCAGCGCGUGCUGGACAUACAAGCCUUUUUCCAAGGAGAUACAGACCCAGCCUUACCGUGCCCUGGAAGUGCUGCUUGGAUUAGACUACGGCACUCCGGCGGAUAUCUGGAGCACAGGCUGCCUGGCAUUUGAAAUGGCAACUGGUGAGCGUCUAUUUGAUCCUCAACCUGGGAAGUACUUCUCCAGAGAUGAUGAUCAUGUUGCACGUAUUAUUGAACUCCUGGGAAGAAUUCCUCCUCAAAUUGCUUUCUCCUGGAGCAAGUCAACAAAAUUUUUCAGCAGGCCAG